AGCGAGAGAGGUUGAAAAGGUAGAAUUCGCGCUGCAUCUUGGGUAUAUAACACCAUGGUGAUGCAGUGAGCCUGUUGUGUAGACGGACGGGAAAACCAAAGUAAAGUAAAAACGGGGGAGGGUCGGCUACAGGGGGGGACUCUCUUUUUUUUUUGCGGAGGGGAGAGCGAGUUUACAAUGCGUCUUUCACGGUGUUGAACAGAGUCGGUUUGAACGAUGAGCCAACUUCGCCGGUCGUCUCGAAGCGGAAUGAGCCACUCUUGAAGCCCCAGAAAAAACGAGUCCUUCUUGGCCGGGGAGAGGAGGAGGAAGGAAGGGGGAGAUAGAGAGAGAGAGAGAGAGAGAGAGAGAGAGAGAGGGAGAAUGCAGAAGCCGAGCGCCGCGCUCCCUGUUGUCGGCUUGACUGGGAAAUGGUAGCGUACUGCAGGGACCGCACUUGGAAGGAACAUGGUCGAGAGGAGCAGCAAAUUCUUGUUGAUCGUCGUCGGAUCCGUGUGUUUCAUGCUGAUUCUCUAUCAGUACGUGGCUCCCGGGGUGAUCAAUUUCGGCUCCCCGCACGGGUAUUUCACGGAGGAAGACGAGGGGGACAUCUUCCCGACUCCGGACCCCCACUACGUUAAGAAAUACUACUUCCCCGUCAGGGACCUGGAGAGGACGAUCGAUUUCCAAAUCAAAGGAGAGGACGUGAUCGUGUUUUUGCACAUCCAGAAGACCGGGGGGACUACCUUCGGCAGGCACCUGGUCCAGAAUGUCCGUCUGGAGGUCCCUUGCGACUGCAGACCGGGCCAGAAGAAGUGUACCUGCUACCGGCCGAACCGCAAGGAGACCUGGCUCUUCUCCCGGUUCUCCACCGGCUGGAGCUGCGGCUUGCACGCCGACUGGACCGAGCUCACCAACUGUGUGCCGGGGGUCCUCAACAAGAAGGAGAACAAACAGAAAAAUCAAAGGAAAUUCUACUACAUCACUCUGCUGAGGGACCCAGUGUCUCGAUACCUCAGCGAGUGGCGGCAUGUGCAGCGGGGAGCCACGUGGAAAACCUCCCUGCACAUGUGCGAUGGACGAACUCCGACGCCCGAGGAGCUGCCCUCCUGCUACGAGGGCUCUGACUGGUCGGGAUGCACCCUGCAGCAGUUCAUGGACUGCCCCUACAACCUGGCCAACAACAGACAGGUUCGCAUGUUGGCAGACCUGAGCCUCGUCGGCUGCUACAACAUGUCCACGGUUCCGGAGAAGAAGAGGGCCCAGCUUCUCCUGGAGUCGGCCAAGAAGAACCUACGAGACAUGGCCUUCUUCGGUCUGACGGAGUACCAGAGGAAAACCCAGUUCCUGUUUGAACGAACCUUCAGGUUGCGCUUCAUCAGGCCGUUCAUGCAGUACAACAGCACCCGCGCUGCAGGGGUGGACUUGGACAACGCUACGGUCCAGCGUAUAGAGGAGCUGAACGAGCUGGACAUGGAGCUUUACGACUACGCCAGGGACCUGUUCCAGCAGCGCUACCAGUACACCAGGCAGCAGGAGAGGCGGCAGCAGCGCAUCAAGAACCACAUGCAGCAGAGCCACCAGGGCCUGGGCCUGGGCGUCAACCUGUGGCCCUCCCACAGCCGGCAGAGCUCGGUGUCGACACUGGAGGACGGGGAAGGGGAGCGGGAAGAGCGGGAGGAGGGCGAGGAGGGAGGCAGAACGGAGGAGGCGGGCAGCAGGCUCCCCACUGAGGACUACAUGAACCAGAUUAUCAACCGCUGGUAGCAGCAGAAUGAGAACAAACACACAGACAUGCAUAUGUAAUGUGAAAAACACACACAUAUACACACAUACAAACACAUACACAGAGAGUGGCGCCUGCAUCAAAGACCCAAAUGACUGACAAACAGACUUUAACCAGAGAGUUGGGCUGCAGGAAUGAGAGUCCAAGUGGUUGCUAUGGAGACCUGGGCUUGGUCGAUUGCAUCAGCUCAUGUUAUUGAGGUUUGCCCAGUUGUUAUUAGCACCCGCUUGCCCUUUCCCCCCUCUGAGUUUCUCUGUCUCUCCUAUCAUCAUUACUGACUGAGCGGAGGAGAGAUAUUUUUAAGAGUUGCUGACAACCCAGUAUCUCAUCCAUCUCUCCCGCCUCCCCUCCUCCUCCUCCUCCUCCUCCUCCUCCUACUCCUAUAUCCCUUUCGUUCUCUGUGGCCUAAUAUGGAGCAUGAGAAAAUAAAAUUAAGUCUGUGAAUUCCCACUAAUCUUUGCUAAAAAGGACCAGUCUACUUCCUGGAUGUUCUACUUUCAAAGGAACUGGGAAAGCAAUGAAAGUAUGCUAAUGGCUGAACUGGACAAAGAAAAGGGUGGGAGUACAUGAGAGACUAAACCUGAAAGAAAGAAAGAAAGAAAGAAAGAAGCAAAGAGAAGUUGGACUGAGUUGUGUGAUAAAGCUUUCUGCUUAAAAAAAAAAUCAGCCAUUUCAACCCAUGAACACGCUUUUGUCAUGAAAUAGUGACAGUCUCAUUCUCAUUUUAGGAUGAUUUUGUUUGUAUUUACCUUUUGUGUUUUAUGCUUUUUUUAAAGCAAAAUUGUAAUAACACUGAGACCAAUAUUGCUGCCUAAAGAAAAGUGAUUCCUUUAUUUCUUUAUUUUUAUUGGUUUUAUAAGUCAAAGCUAAUGGAUCAGAUUGACGUACAAUGGACCAUAGCCAUUACUGAAGCCUUGCAUCUUGUAGGGGAGGGAGAGAAAGUGACCUGUUUCUCUGUUAAAGGUUCCCAAAGCUCCUGUCGCUUAACAAGUUCAUUAUUUCUCCUUUUCUCUCCAUUUUUUUAAUAAUUUUUUUCUGGUGUCUCAGUCCUGCAGAGAAUAACAGCCAAUUACAGCGCCGAAUCUCACAUAGGUGCGAAGAAAUCAAAGGCUUGGAGAGGAGUGAGUCCUACUGCAGGUUGUUGCCAGGAACCGUGCUGUGUAAGCGGCAAGCGCUUUGGAAGCCUUAACUCAGACAAAUGCUCGAGAUGGGAGUUGUGGAACUACUGGUCACCAUGGCAAUGUGAGCCCUUAAUGUAGUGGGUGGCAUUUACAGUUUCGUUGGGGUUUUUUUUUUCCGGUGGUUCUGCGUUGUUAAAAAAAAAAAAAAACGACGGUCUCAAACAAGCCUCCUUCCCAACCUGCUGAAAGGGCACACGCAGCACUGGUGACCUGUAGUUCGUUAAUGUGACUGGUUUUUAACUUGGUUUUACCCUGAAGAACGCACAGGGCGAGGUAGCAGUGCCUCUAUGUACUGGGAUCAUAGUCAACAUAAUUAUUGCCAGAUCUUAUGUCUGCAUUAUACUACAGUAAUUUCUCUGACUACUCGUGUGUCUGCGUGGAUGAGUGUUUCUUGUGUGUGUAAAUAGUGUAUGUACAGUAUGCCUUUGAUUGGCAUAUGUGUAUGCCUUUGUAAAUAGUGUGCCUGACUGAGAGAGGAUGCCUGAUGAGUUUUGUGAAUGACUGGUUCCAUGACCAAUUUUCUUGCCAUUUUUGGUGGUGGAGGGUGGGGCAACAAAGUCCCUCCAACAGCAUGUCACAGCAGUGUGACUGUCGCAGUGAUGCAAGCCAAUAAUACUCCUCUCUGCCCUUUCCUUUACCAUUCCCCCCCCCCCGUUCUUGUCUGCUCCCCCAUGACGUGGUUACAUGAGGACUGUAUCACUAUAAUUAUGUAAAAUCCUAAUUUAUAUAUUUUUUUUAAAUCUGCCUUGUGACACGUCUUUACUCUUGAUAGUGAAAAGCUACAAGUAGGGUUGGGUUACGAUAACUGGCUCCACCAAUCGCAACGAAUUCUGUGACCUAAUCAGGAGUUUUGACAGAAUGGUGAGAAUUUGGUGUGACGAUCCAGAUUCGUUAAGCUCUAUUGUUAAUGAAAAUCUCCUAUUGAACGUUUUAUCUGUACUCCUUUUUUAUCAGCUAGACCAAUGAUAGAAAAGGCGAUAGACCCAUUUAUGACCUCCACACACUUUAUGUUUUAUUCUGUGAUUCGGUCACAUAGUGUUCCCUACGCAAACCUUAGGAAGUUUUUUUUUACUUGUUAUCCAGCGGCGGUCAUAUCUUCAAAGGGAAUGUUUGUGACCCUACAGGUGUCAGCUGUCUGGAUGGAAAGAUAAAAUGUUCGCCCACGGCAAAUUUAACAUUAAAAUCUAAUAUUUCCAUAGAUGAUGUGUGAUGGCUACUGGCAUUACGUGAGCAGCUGACUUGGCGUACAUUCCAGCAUAAAGGAAGUCUGUGGAAAUAUCUGAUUUAAACGCUGGUUUCGCUCCAGGUAAACAUUUUAUUAGUCCAGAAAAUAACUUUGGAGACCUGCUACUGGAUAACGUUAUGACAUUUCCAUUAAUGUUAAUGUAGGGAACAAUAUGUGAGGAAUCAUUAUAUUAGUUGUAUCUAAUUAAUAUUAAUUCUAUAAUGGUUAAAAUAAAAACUUUGACGGUGUCUGGACUCGGCCCAAAGAUGGGUUGUUAGGGAGAGGAAAUGAGUGUACUGUGUGGUUUUGUAGUUCAACAAAACCAACAGAGCGGUUACUCUUCUCAAGGGUCGGCAACCUUUUUGAAAUUAACUGCCAUUUUAAAAUUUUCAUGUUAAUCAGUGUGCCAUUUCAGUAAGAUUAACAUAAUUACGACAUCAAUAUUUAAGUCUUUAACAAAUCUUCCAUCCAUAUAGGCAACGUGCAUAGCAACGUUUUUUAAAUGUCUCCAAUAAUUAGGAAAUAUAAUAUACAUUAGAGCUCUAUAGAAAAAGGCUGCCAUCCUUUAUGAAAAUAUCCUGUUUCAGUGCGCCAGAGGGUCAUAUGUUCAUCUCUUUUUCAGGUUGCAAACAUUAAAAACUGAUUCUGCCACUUCAGCUAACAAAAAGGCGAUUAAGAUCUUUGACUUUUAGUUAAUUAUAACUCCAAACCUGAGGAGGUUCGAUAAGGGAUUUAAUUAGAAUUAAACACUGGAUUAAUAUGUUAUGAAGCCCAACUCUAUCUACAUGCAGCGAAUCUGAGCAAUAAGUGGGGAAACCAGUGGAGAAGAGAAUGUAAAAGUGGAAAUGGAAAAAGACGUGUCACAGCACGAUUUAAUCAAACUGAAUGUAGUCCAAGUUUAGUGUCAUCCAGGGAGCAAUGGGAGGAUGUGAGCAUGCUUCCUUUGUAUUAUUAAGAUAAAUAAUAUGUUACAUCCUGUUAACAAUAGAGUUGUUUUAAAGUCAGAAGGAAGGGGAAACCAACCAUUUAGCUGCCCACUACCCUCCUUGUUAAAUCUCAACUAAUCACCCUGGAUCCUCCCGUGUCUCUCCUCCUCCUUUUGAUCAGCUCCUUUUUAAAUCAGGGAUGAUUCAUGAAGGGAAGGAGAGAAGAACAAGGGGGGGGAUGAUAAAAGGUAUUGGGAUACAUCCAGAGUCAAUAUGCUGCUUUUUGUGUAGCCUUCAAAGUAACGCAAAUGGAUAUGGGAAGAGAGAUCUCCCCUUUUUUGUGUGUGUUUCGUAUUAACUUCCCCUUCAUUGUACUCUUGAAACUAGAGAAUUGAAAACACUGCAGCUCCAGGCAUUUUGCCCACAACCUCUUUUUCAAAGUCAGACUCGCUCUUACGUUGGACCGUGUUUUGGGCUCCAAACCAAUAUCUGGCUCUGCAUUAGUGGUUAAAAACCGUAUACAAAGACGCAUCCUCUACCUUGAGAGGCGUUUUAUUUUCAGCUCUCAAGUUUCAAGUGACCACUGGACUUAAAGAGGUCCUCAAUAAUACCCAUUACUUUAAGAUUGUGUGAAAGAAAAAGUCAAACCUUUCACUGAAAUGAUUCCAGGAAUUGAUGCUGUAAAGCUAUACUCAAAUAUUAUGUCUCAUCACUAUGUAUAUCUGAUGUCUUAACAGCUUUUCCUUUGUGACAAUGAAGCAACCCAGGUGUCGCUAACAUCAUCCUGGUUUUUUUGGUUAUGUUUUUUUUUUUUUUUUUAAAAAGAUGUGUUAAAAAGAGUGAUAGAGACUUUUUUGUUUUUUUGGAUCAGUGUGCAGUCUGUCUCUGGCUCCUUCUGUAUGCAUCAUUCUGGGUUUGUUUCUUAUGAUUGCAAAAAUGAAUCAUCAAGCCACCAAUUAAAAUAUUUCAUUUUUACAGA